AGAAAAGCAAACCCAACCCGUCGGGGCCGCCGCUCCGGACCCGCAGCCGCCGCCGCCGCCGCCGCCUCCUCCCCCCGGAUCGGGUGUACUGUCCCAACCCGAAAGUCCAGUUCUGCGGCCCGGCAGCGGCGAGCGGGCGCGAUGACACAGGAGUACGACAACAAACGGCCAGUGUUGGUUCUUCAGAAUGAAGCACUUUAUCCACAGCGGCGGUCCUACACUAGUGAGGAUGAGGCCUGGAAAUCCUUCCUGGAAAACCCUCUCACUGCAGCGACCAAAGCGAUGAUGAGCAUCAAUGGAGACGAAGACAGCGCCGCUGCGCUGGGCCUGCUCUAUGACUACUACAAGGUUCCAAGAGAGAGAAGGUCAUCAACAGCAAAGCCAGAGGUGGAGCACCCCGAGCCAGAUCACAGCAAAAGAAACAGCAUACCAGUUGUGACAGAGCAGCCCCUCAUCUCUGCUGGAGAAAACAGAGUGCAAGUACUGAAAAAUGUGCCGUUUAACAUUGUCCUUCCCCAUGGCAACCAGCUGGGCAUUGAUAAGAGAGGCCAUCUGACAGCUCCAGAUACGACAGUCACUGUCUCCAUAGCAACGAUGCCUACCCACUCCAUCAAGACAGAAACCCAGCCACAUGGCUUCGCUGUGGGAAUCCCCCCAGCAGUGUAUCAUCCUGAGCCCACUGAGCGGGUGGUGGUUUUCGAUCGGAAUCUCAGUACUGACCAGUUCAGCUCUGGUGCUCAAGCCCCAAAUGCUCAAAGGCGAACUCCAGACUCGACCUUCUCAGAGACCUUCAAGGAAGGCGUUCAGGAGGUUUUCUUCCCCUCGGAUCUCAGUCUGCGGAUGCCUGGCAUGAAUUCAGAGGACUAUGUUUUUGACAGUGUUUCUGGGAACAACUUUGAAUAUACCCUAGAAGCUUCAAAAUCACUUCGACAGAAGCCAGGAGACAGUACCAUGACAUACCUGAACAAAGGCCAGUUCUAUCCCAUCACCUUGAAGGAGGUGAGCAGCAGUGAAGGAAUCCAUCAUCCCAUCAGCAAAGUUCGAAGUGUGAUCAUGGUGGUUUUUGCUGAAGACAAAAGCAGAGAAGAUCAGUUAAGGCAUUGGAAGUACUGGCACUCCCGGCAGCACACUGCUAAACAAAGAUGCAUUGACAUAGCUGACUAUAAAGAAAGCUUCAACACUAUCAGUAACAUCGAGGAGAUUGCGUAUAACGCCAUUUCCUUCACGUGGGACAUCAACGAUGAAGCAAAGGUUUUCAUCUCUGUGAACUGCUUAAGCACAGAUUUCUCUUCCCAGAAGGGAGUGAAGGGGUUGCCUCUUAACAUUCAAAUUGAUACCUAUAGUUACAACAACCGCAGCAACAAGCCUGUGCACCGGGCCUACUGCCAGAUCAAGGUCUUCUGUGACAAGGGAGCUGAGCGGAAAAUCAGGGAUGAAGAACGAAAGCAAAGCAAAAGAAAAGGCAAGUGUCCUGACCCCAGCUCCCAGUUGAAUGCCUUUUCUGAUGUUAAAGUGCCACUGCUCCCCUCUCACAAGCGAAUGGAUAUCACAGUUUUCAAACCCUUCAUUGAUCUCGAUACUCAGCCUGUCCUCUUCAUUCCUGACGUGCACUUUGCCAACUUGCAGCGGGGCACUCAUGUCCUUCCCAUUGCCUCUGAAGAAUUGGAGGGUGAAGGCUCUGUCUUGAAAAGGGGGCCGUACGGCACAGAAGAUGACUUUGCUGUCCCUCCUUCUACCAAGCUGGCCCGGAUAGAAGAACCAAAGAGAGUGCUGCUCUACGUUCGAAAGGAGUCAGAAGAAGUCUUUGAUGCCCUGAUGCUCAAAACCCCAUCUUUGAAGGGCUUGAUGGAAGCUAUCUCAGACAAAUACGAUGUUCCCCAUGACAAGAUUGGGAAAAUAUUCAAGAAGUGUAAAAAGGGGAUCCUGGUGAACAUGGACGACAACAUUGUGAAGCAUUACUCCAAUGAGGACACCUUCCAGCUGCAGAUUGAAGAAGCCGGGGGGUCUUACAAGCUCACCCUGACGGAGAUCUAAAGGCCUGCGGGCCACAGCUCCCCAGGAGUUCAGUGCAGGUGUUUCUAGAUCUUACGGUUUGGCAAGUGCAGGUAACUCCAGUCAGCCAUGUCGCCAGCACAGGUCUAUGUCAAGGGAAGGGGUUCCUUGCAGGUUGGAGGCGGGGCUGCAUCUGGCUUGGUGGUAGCAUUUAAUCUAUUGCAUUGGCGUUUUUCAGAUGAAAGAGAAAUCCAUAUACCAUUAUGUUUGAAUUUCCUGAUAUAUACAGGAUUUAAAGUGAAAACUUUAUUCCAAGAGUUAACAGAGUCUCUGGGAAGCUUUAGGACAUCUGCUACGUUAUUUAUCAAAAUUUUGGGAUCUCUGCCUUGUGCCUACAAUGUCGUGGGCCUGCUCGCUAGCAGAAGUCAGAAAAGACGAUAGGCUUGGCUUUAAGGAUUUCGUGCCCUUGCCUGAAUUCAGUACAACUCCACUGCCUCACGUUAGCGGGAGCGCACCUGAAGAGUACAGGGGGGAGCCCUCUCUCCCUUACCCUCUCACUCUCCACCAGAUGUUUACUAAACAGGGCAUGUUACUGAAAUCUUCCUUUGCGACUUUCUCGGACAUAUCAACUGCCUUUCUCAUGAAGAAUUUUAAUGGGUUACAGUAUGAAAUCAGUUAAGAUAAAGCUGCAUUGUAUAUAAGUGCAAUAUAUUUUUGAAGGUCUGUAAAUGUGUACAUACAUGUCUUAUAUAAAUAUAUAAUAUAUAAAUAUGGUGUCUGUGUACAUAUAGUGAAGAUAUGCAGUAAGAGCUACCUUAAAGACUUUCCCUAGACAAAGGUUAAGUUAUUUUUGAUCGUGUAUACCAAGCAGAUAGAAUACUGUGCUUAGUGGAACCCGCUAAAAACCUUUUUCUCUGUUUUUCCAAACACAGGCAUUCCGUAGCAUAGCAAAACCUUCUCAAAUGACAGAGAUUCUGUUUGCUGUUGAGAAUGUUGUUAUUUGGAUUUCUGCACUGUUUAACAAAUGAAGUAAAAGAAAAACACUACUGCAAUCACGUCUUUUGUUAUGCUAGUAUCAGUCAGAUGCACUUAGAGUGAAGAAACACUGUAAUUACAGCACACAGAUUGCAAGUAUUGCGUACCAAGUGAUACAACUCGAAAUGCAGUUCUCAUCUUCCUGUUUUGAGAAAUGAUUAUUUUAUCACGCAUCAGAGCCUUCGUGCUUUGGUUAUCUUGUAUGUUAACAAUUCUAGAAAACAUUCAUGAAUUCACAAAAAUACGUUACUAUGGCAGGGGAACAUUUUGUACACAUUUAAGUAUAUAAAAAUACUAAAAUAUGUAAUUUUAUAACAAAGUCACGGGUAUCUUUAGGUUCAGGGAACUAGACUAGGUCAUUCGUGUAAAUGGACUGGUAGUUACAGUCUUAGGUUAAAGUAUUCUAAUGAAGUACGGGAACUAAAUUGCUGGUUUUCUAAGAUAAGAUAUGGGAUAUGGGUCAUAUAACUUUUAUAUUUUUUAUGAAAUUGAUUUUGUCUUGUGUGUUAUUUUUAAUUGUAUCAUUGAAGAUGUAUUUUAAACCAAAGGGAUUAAAUUUUAUAUGUCUAUUUCGUAA